AUGUCGGCUACAGUCGCUCCGCAACCGCCUAGUGCUAAUGCGAAUGCUGCUGCUGCAAAUCAAGCGCCGGUUUUGAACACUCCAUCUUAUCCAAUGGCUUCGCUUUAUGUUGGUGAUCUUCAUCCGGAUGUUACCGAAGCAAUGCUCUUCGAGAAGUUUAGUACUUCUGGACCGGUUCUUUCCAUUCGUGUCUGCCGUGAUGCAAUUACGCGUCGUUCUCUUGGCUAUGCGUAUGUCAACUUUCAGCAGCCUGCCGAUGCUGAACGCGCUCUCGAUACGAUGAACUUCGACCUUCUUCUGAACAAGCCAAUUCGCAUCAUGUGGUCUCAACGUGAUCCAAGUAUUCGCCGUUCUGGUGCUGGUAAUAUUUUCAUCAAAAAUUUGGACAAGCACAUCGACACCAAAGCUAUCUACGACACUUUCUCAAUGUUUGGAAACAUUUUGAGCUGCAAAGUUGCUUGUGAUUUGGAAGGAAAUAGCAAAGGUUAUGGUUUCAUUCAUUUUGAGACUGAAGAUGCUGCUAAUAAGGCUAUUGAAAAAGUUAAUGGAAUGCUUUUGGAUGGAAAGAAAGUGUUAGUUUGUUGGAAAGUUCAUUCCUCGUUCACAACGCGAAAAGCAAAUUGGCGAUGCUGCUAG